UCCUCAAACCUCUCCUCCCCACCUCCACCUCCAACAAUGGCGGCCGCGACCUCCUUCGCCACACUCGCCAUGGCGCGCCCGGCGGCGGCGGCGCAGAGGGCGUCCCACCUCGCCUCCAGGUCGUCCCCAUCGUCGCCGCUCCUCUCCCUCCGCGGCGGCCGCGUCGCGCCUCCGGCCGUCUCCGUCUCCGGUGGCCCCCACAGCCGCGCGCGCUUCGUCACCUCCGCCAGCGCCGAACCCUAUGCAGCCGACCUUCAGUCCAAAGUUACAAACAAGGUGUACUUCGACAUAAGCAUCGGGAACCCCGUGGGGUCGAACGUUGGGAGGAUUGUCAUCGGGCUGUAUGGGGACGAUGUUCCACAGACCGUCGAGAACUUCCGCGCUCUUUGCACUGGGGAGAAAGGGUUUGGCUACAAGGGGUCGAGUUUCCACCGUGUCAUCAAGGACUUCAUGAUUCAGGGUGGAGACUUUGACAAGGGCAACGGUACUGGAGGGAAAAGCAUCUACGGCCGCACCUUCAAGGAUGAGAACUUCAAAUUGGUUCAUACUGGACCUGGAGUGCUCAGCAUGGCUAACGCUGGACCAAACACCAACGGCAGCCAAUUCUUCAUCUGCACUGUCAAGACAUCAUGGCUGGACGGGAGACACGUUGUCUUUGGCCAGGUUCUCGAAGGCAUGGACAUCGUUCGUCUGGUAGAGUCGUCGGAGACUGACAGAGGUGACCGUCCGAAGAAGAAGGUGACCAUCAGCGAGUGCGGGGAGCUUCCAGUGGUCUAAGCUUUAGACAGAUCUCUGUAUCGUCUCCCAUUCCGGCCUCUAAAUUUUGCCAUGAACUCGUCUCGUUGGGCUACCCUUAUCCAAAUAGUUAUGGAUCAUGCUGAGUUGGAAUUAAUAUCUCUAAGCAGCGAGUAAUUAUUGGCGUAACUAGUGUUACAGCUAUCAAGUUCUCAUGCCUAUGAGUGGAUCAGGUUUGGAUGCAGUUUUGAUCAGGGAGAGUCGCAGUGAAUAAUUUGCAACGCUGAUGGACAGUUUGUUAAGACUAUGUGACUUUUUUUUAUUAGAUUACAAGAUCUGGAUCAAAUAAUACAUAUGUAUGCGACUUCGCAUAUAUGUCUA